UAGUGUUGCUAACCUUAUUAUGUAUAUCUUUGCUUUAUAUCUAACAAUAUUCAUGCACCAAGUUGAGUUUUGCCUACAAAUAUUUUCAAACAAGACAAAUUUAUACAAUCAUCGGUAGAUGCUGCAACCGUCUUUUGGUUAGGGUGUAUUUGAUUUAAAACUUCUAGCCUUUUAAGAUAACGUUUCUGAAGACAGAAAAAGUAUACAAAAUAGUUUGACGGCUCAGAUAAACCAAAGCCAAGUAAGACAUGUAGGCGAUAUUGUAACAAAGCUAAACAAAUAAAAACGGUUCCAGAUAAAAAAAUGUAGCCUGAAUUCUUUUCAGCCCGUUUAUGAGUUAUGUAGGAAGCCUAUAGGGCGUUACGUGUUUAUAAUGGUAUAUAGUGUAAGAAAAGUUUUUAGUAAAAUAAUACUUACCAAUUUUUUACAAAUGAAAGUAAUGAUAUUUACUCCAGUAAUCGUACAUCCUAUAAAAUGUCACACCCAUAUAUUCAGCCAUUUUUUCAUUGGGCCUGAUUACAGACUAAUUUCCGAAAAUUCUGCUUCAAAACCCUAAAGAGGUUAUAAAAAAUCUUGUCUACUUAUCCUGCGUUCAGAAACGUAUUUUUAAGGGCUGUAACCAAAUUGGUGGUUGAAAAUUUUAAAAAUAAUUAUUCUACAAAAAAGCCGAUUUCUGUAUAAUUAAACCCGUUAGCCUCGCAAAAGUAACUAUCCUCGAAGGUUGGUAGCUUUAACCUAUCAACGCUGAUUUAGGUUUCAAUUUGGUAUUAGAUUAAUUGAAAAUCGAAAAUUCUAAAUUAUCUUAUGUAAUGUUAUGACAUAUUUUACUGCAUGAAAACUUAAUUACUUUACCCCUUACGAGUAAACAAGCAAAUAUAAAAAACAUAGCAUAUUAUUGUUAAAAUGCAACCUGAUCCUUAUAAGAAAUGUUAGAAUUACUUGAAUUACAUAUAAUAAAGGAAUUUCAAGCAACUUCAAGAUAACAAUAAAUUAAUCAAAACACUGCACACUCAAUGUUUAAUGUCACAGUAGAGUAUUAAUUCAAUAAAAAAUCGAUUAGUUUGCCGUACAACUAAAUUCAAGACAACUAGAUACGUUUAUGUUCCAGGAAUAAGUCUUUUAAGGAAUUAUAGUAUUCUUAAGCUGUGGCAAAUUGGUACAGUAACUGAUAUUGGUAUUAUAUAAAACUUGAUUGUUUAUUUGUUAAUUAGUUACCUGGUACACAUACACGAUUAAUAAUUAGUCUUUAAAUUUGGAUGCAGAACACCUACGGAUAAAUUUCUCUGUGGAAGUGGCUUUUAUAUUGGUUUACGUUUUUGUAGUCAAGUAUACAAUCAGUCCCUUCCACGUUUAUUUGUUCAAUACGCUUAGUCAAUAUCUGAAAUCAAUUAACGUAUUACGAUGCGUAGUUGCAGCAUGCCACGGGAUUGCGCAGCGCAUUGCAACGAAACAUGUACGCAGCGAUUUCUCUGGCCAUUUCUGUAACGACUGAUGCUUAUCAACGCCCCUAUCGCGAUCACGUGGUUCUAGGGCCCGACAAGAGAGACCUUGGACCCUUCUAUGUCGCCUCGUCAGCCAAUAAAAGUAACGUCCAGUCAAAAGUCACUGAGACAUUCCCCAUUUCCUGAUGCAAUAACACCGAUAACGCCAGCGAUAUCUAAACGAGCGCGCAUUAAGAUUUCAAAACAUGUGACUGCGUCGACUGGAAAUAUUAAUGCGCGUGUCAUCGUUUCUGGUUAUCUGGGAUAAUUUGUCCGCUGGUCCCAGUCAACAAGAUAGUAUGAAUGGGUUUUACUCACAGCCGAUAAAGUGGACAAUUAAGCAACCUCGGGUCAAUUUUGGGUCAGAGAUAGUUUUUUAAGGAACCGAUGGUUAAGUGCCAUUAAUUCGAUAACGAUUCUACCCCCUCCAUCCCGACUGUAGCCAUUUCACUCUGUUUAUCGGCGAGAAUUGGUCGUCCGACCGGGUGGACCCAGUUUUGGGCGUCGAAGCUUCAACUGUUUUCAUCGGAAGCCUGCUCUCCGUCGACGGCGACUCCACAGCAGCACCCUCUGUGAGAGAGUGAUCUCCCUCGACGCUGGGAUAAAGUGUCAGUGCUGUGAUCAGUGUUUUGUGACAAGUGUAGUAGAAAGAUGAUAUAAGGAUGAUUAGUGGGUGUGAUUUCUCGGAGAGUUCGCGAGAGCGAGAGUUCGAGAUGAGUUCGUAUUUCGCCAACUCGUACAUGGGGGAUUUGCGGAACGGAGGGGUCGUUCCUGCGGAACAUCCCCAUCAGCAGCAUCAGCACUACGGUGCAGCGGUGGUUCCGCAGGGGAACCCCAACCCGGAUCCCAAUUGCGACCCCAACGUCGUGGGACUCCGGCAGGGGAUUCCACCUCACCAUUACGGAGGCCCUCCGGCCGCGGGGCAACCUCCGCAAGGCAUGCCUUACCCGAGGUUCCCGCCGUACGAUCGCAUGGACAUCCGCAACGCCGCGUACUACGGCGCUCAGCAAGGCAUUCCCGUGGAAGGGUACCGGCCCGAUUCCCCCGGUGGUAUGGGCCACAUGGGCGGGCAGAACGGUCACCAGACCCCGGUAGUGUACGCCUCGUGCAAACUACAAGCCGCGGUGGGCACCAACGGAAUCGUGGGUGGACCCGGGAGUCCUCCGGACCUCGUGGACCCGGGUCCUCCCAUGAACAACCACCACCAUCACCAACCUCCGCCCCAGCAUCACAUGAACCACCAACAACAUCCCCACCCGCACCACCAGCACCAUCCGUCGCAGCAGCAACCACCUAACCACAUGAUGUACAACAACGUUAACCAGCAACCACCGCCGCACCACCAGCAAGUGGUGGUCAACCAACAACCACCCGGGCCGCAGUCGCAACCACCUCCGCAACAACCACCCAAUAACAACAACAACUCAAACCUGCCCAGUCCACUAUACCCAUGGAUGAGGAGUCAGUUCGAAAGGAAACGGGGCCGCCAGACGUACACGAGGUACCAGACUCUGGAGCUGGAGAAGGAGUUCCACUUCAACCGCUACCUGACGAGGAGACGGAGGAUCGAGAUCGCCCACGCCCUCUGCCUGACGGAGCGUCAGAUCAAGAUCUGGUUCCAGAACAGGCGGAUGAAGUGGAAGAAAGAAAACAAGACGAAAGGAGGCGACGGGGCUAACGGAGACGGGAGUGAUAUCACCCCUCAGACAUCGCCGCAGUAGUCUUCACCUGCCCCUCCCUCCUCCGAGUCUAUCUAAGUCAAUGUGUCGAGUAAAUACUCAUGUAUAGUCAUAGCAGUCCUAAGACAGUAUUAAUGUACAGCUACUAUCCCAAUCAUAGCGCCCUAUUCUGGUUUACCCCAAGGCUCUGCACUCGUGCCAAUGCUAUUUAUUUAUUGUAAUUAUUUUAUCUGUUAUUCGAUCAUGUGCUACGGAACCAAAGUAUAAGUUAGGACCAGCCAGACCUCCCCACUCCCCCCCGUAUGUUGUGCAAUGUAUAGAUUUUUGUAAUGUACAAAAGAGAGGUUAGCUUUAUAUCAAAGUUGGAUAUUUUGACGGUGCCAUAGCGAGCUAUGGAUCACGCGGUUUUCGAUUAUGGAUGAAGGAUGGUGACGAGCAAGCGUAUCGGAAGAACUUGGACUCCUUUUUGGCGAUGCGUUCGGCGUUUUCCAGUUAGUGGGAUUUAUGUAAAAAUUCUGGUCGCAUAAAUAUUACUAGAAGUAAAAAAGUAACAAUGAUGGACGCGAGUGACUAAUGAGCGAGCCAUCACAAGUAAAUUUAAUAGUUCAGUAUGUACGCUUUGUCAAUCCAUAAAGUUAAACAGAGUAAUAAUUUUUAAUCUUUCUUUGAAAGUUUAUAAACAUAAAACAUCUAUAUUUCCAAACAACUUGAAUUAACAUGCAUAGCAAUUUAAUUACAUUAAAAAUUCAUCUCUAAAUCAUAAUGUAAUAAACAUGACUGAGAUAGCAAGUCACAUUGAUUUUGGAAACAACUUAUUAGCUGUAGGAAGAAGUUAACCCUAAACUAACUAGAUGCUUGACGAAUAGUUUGAACAAUCCAAACGAAAUAAAGUAAACCCGUUAAACGGUAUGUCAGGCUAUUGACUCUUAAAUAUUUUAUUUAUACAACUUCUUAGGGGCUGUAUUUUUAACUAUUCAUAAUGCUCUUGUUUUACUGAAAUGCAGAGCGAAUAAGUUAAAGAUUUCAACACUACCAAAUCACAAACUUUGAGAAAAAGUUUUAACAUUUGCAGAAUCAUUUUAUAAGCUCAUAAGCUUACUAAAGGAAGUUUCUCACUUGAGCGUAUCAGCAGAGCGCUUAUUUAAAUGCCCAUCGGAAGAAAAGAAACCUGUACUUGAAACAUACAUUGAGUGAUUUUCGAAGAAUUAAACGAAAACCAAAAUCUAACAGCAAGCGAUUGAAGGAAACAUAAGAAAUCACUUUCCGUAUUUAAUAUAGGGUCAAACGAGUUGUUGAGCCAUAAAGUAACCUAUAUAGUAGUCACAUUAAACGACAGUCCUUUAUUCCUGUUCCCACUAACCUCGGCCAAGUUACCAGCAACGUCAUAUUCGAGUCCCUCGUUCCCUCGUUGAUAAUGUGUUUUGUACAUUCAGGUGGCUGAGACACUUUUUGUGAUUAUGCCAAGAUACGUAACUCUUAAGACAUUCGCUAUAAUUGUCGUGUGUGUCGUACCCCGCUCCUGAGGGUUUCAUUUUGGAUGGGCAAAUUUGUUGUGUCCUUUUUGUAAGAAAAUGAAAGUAAAGUAAAAAAUACCCUUUGAGUGUUGUGUGUUAUAUUUAAGAUAUAUUUUGGGUCGUUAGAAUUAAGAUUUUCAGGAAUUGAAUAUGUUGUGGUUGUUUGAAAUUCUUUUCUUCUUUGAUUCCACUGAGUUUUUGAAGGGAUGCAUUUAUUAUGUUUAUUUUAUUUGUAUGUUGUUUUCUACUUGGAAUUUUAUUUGUUGUUUUUUGACACCGGUUGAAUAGUGCUGAUAUUUUGUGUUUACCACUUUGAUUAUAAUAGACCUAAUUUUAAAUUAACAGAUUGUGAGUGAUCAUACCCAUAACAGAUGAUAUGGUUUCCCAGAACUACGUGCCUUUAUUUAUCAUUCAAAUAAUUUAAUUUUUUUUAUUUUGUGGUCAUAAUUUAAAAUUCUCUUAUUCAAAAGAUAUUAGAAAUUAUUUUUCCGGUGUCAUGCUAAUGAAACAGUUUUAAUUUCAACACAUACUUAAGUAUUCUAUGAUUUCUUGAAACGAAAUAUACGUAAAAAGCCUUUGAAGAAAUCAAGUAUACGUACGAAGUGCAAAUUUCAAAUAGUUUACAGUCAGAUAUAUUCAUAUACAUAAAUUUGUAUGGUUUAUGUGACGUUGUUAAGAAAGAUUUUUCUGUGAAAUACAAAAAGCAAUUGCUGUAAUAAUAAUACUGAAAAUCAACUAUUUUCAAAGAUCUGUACAUGUAAAACGAGAAUGUAUUAAAAUUUGCCAAAUUUUGGCGGUUAUUGACAGUUCCUUAAUUAUUACUUGCGUGUGUGCGUGCGUGCGUGAAUCUGUUGUACAAUUUUGAGUGAGUGCGAGAGUGAUUCUGUGUAGAUGGGUGGUCUUACGACGUGAAUAAUGUAAAUUAAAAAUUCUUAAACAUCUAACCCCACAGUUUGUUAAGAAUGUUUUUUACUGUCUGGGUAGUUCUGAGUAAUUCGUAUAAAGUGUAUUAUAUAGUAUUGGCUUACAGAUAUACAUACAUUUUGAGAAUCAGAAUAAUACAAAUAUUUUGAGCCCUACUCAUACAUAGCUCUCUUAAUACUGAUCUCAUGAAGGUACAUAUUUUUGAAAUAUUAUGUUAGUCGAGAUUCAAGUUUUCAAAGUAAAUGCAUAAAUAGUUCUUUUGGCUGAAACGAAUUUCGUCCAGUGGUUUAAUUGAUUAAUAUUAUGUGACAUAUCUGAAUGUCCUGUCUAGCAAUAAAUGCAAUAAGUUAAGCCUCUAGAUUUAUGAUGCUUAUUUGUUCUUGAAAUACUAUUUUCUGAAGAAACGAAAUGAAAUCUAUAUGUAAGUCGUAUUUUACCUAUUUAGUUCUAAAUUGUAAUAUUGAUGUGUUAAGGCAGUGAAAUUAUCUAUUUUUGUUUAAUGUAAUUUGAAGACAAUAAUAAGCAAAUUUGUCCUAUAAAACUGAAUGAAGACAACUAUUGUACUUACGUCUACAUUCUGACCGUUCACAAGCGAAUGAGCUCUACUUUCUUGCUAAUCUCGUUAGCACAUGUUAUAUAUCUCUAACAGUAUGAAAUAUCUAAACUAAAAAGAACUGUUUAUGUAAGUAAAAGAGGAAAGUAAAUUUUAUUUUAUUGAUUGACAUACAAUACCUCAUACCCUUUAUUUAGAACAGUGAGGUAGACUUCUUAGCACUUAGAGGCCGUUGUGGGUGUAGCCACCCUUCGUCUAUAUUAAUAUUAUUAUUAUAGUCACUGUAUAAAUGGUACUAUUUGUAAGUGAGCGUCAUCACAAAGCAUUGAUAAAGUUUGUCCUAUAUAAUUUUGUGUUCAAAGAAAUUUGAAAACGAGAAACAUAAUAAAUGAUAUGUGGUUGAA